UGAAUCCAUGUCUUUUUAGGGUCGUGAAUAUAAAAGACAGCAAGCCUCACCAACCCACCACCCCACUCUCUCCCAAUGGAAUGACAAAAAAACCAGCAACUUGAAACCAUUGUUUUUGUUGUUGCAGUUGCUCUUCUCCAACAACAACAUUAGUUUCUGCUAAAUCUCCCUCCUUUCUCCUACCAAAAAUCCUUGCGUUCUUCCUUUCUUUCGGGUUUUUUUUUUUGCGGCGCCAUGGAACGUGCACGGCGUUUGGCGAACCGGGCGAUCUUGAAACGGAUCGUCUCGGAGACGAAGCACCAUCGCCGCCUUGAAUCUGGGUUGGAUUCUUCAUCCUCUGCAUUGUAUACCCCUUCAAGGUAUGUCUCUUCGUUGUCUGCAUGUAGCUCAAUGCACAAGAGCUCCAGAUCAGAGAUGUUGCUUGGUAGGAAUGUGUCGUAUAAUGUCGGUCACGGUAUUGGGUCGCAAACAAGAACGAUCUCUGUCGAGGCAUUGAAGCCGAAUGAUACUUUCGCUCGCCGACACAACUCCGCGACCCCGGAAGAGCAGACGAAGAUGGCCGAGUCCUGUGGAUUCGGUAGUCUUGAUGCUCUGAUCGAUGCCACCGUGCCUACGUCGAUCCGUAUAGAUUCCAUGAAGUUCUCUAAGUUCGAUGGAGGGUUGACGGAGAGCCAAAUGAUUGAGCACAUGAAGAAUUUGGCGUCGAAAAACAAGGUCUUUAAGACAUUCAUUGGUAUGGGGUACUAUAACACCUUUGUUCCACCGGUUAUAUUGAGGAACAUCAUGGAAAACCCAGCUUGGUACACUCAGUACACGCCCUACCAAGCUGAGAUAUCGCAGGGCCGUUUGGAGUCUCUGCUAAAUUUCCAGACCGUGAUCACCGAUCUCACCGGCCUGCCCAUGUCGAAUGCUUCCUUGCUCGAUGAGGGAACUGCUGCUGCUGAGGCGAUGGCAAUGUGUAACAAUAUUCUGAAGGGAAAGAAGAAGACUUUUGUGAUCGCGAACAAUUGUCACCCACAAACAAUUGACGUAUGCAAGACUCGAGCAGACGGUUUCGAUCUUAAGGUUGUCACAGCCGAUCUUAAGGAUAUUGAUUACAAGUCAGGCGACGUUUGUGGGGUCCUUGUACAGUACCCUGGAACUGAGGGUGAGGUGUUGGAUUAUGGGGAGUUUGUCAAGAAUGCACAUUCUCAUGGGGUUAAGGUUGUUAUGGCGACUGAUUUGUUGGCAUUGACGAUGUUGAAGCCUCCGGGUGAAUUUGGGGCAGAUAUUGUCGUGGGUUCUGCACAGAGGUUUGGUGUGCCAAUGGGAUAUGGUGGUCCUCAUGCCGCUUUCCUUGCGACCUCUCAAGAGUACAAAAGGUUGAUGCCCGGACGGAUUAUUGGCGUGAGUGUUGAUUCUUCAGGGAAGCCUGCGCUGCGUAUGGCAAUGCAAACGAGAGAGCAACAUAUCCGCAGAGACAAGGCUACAAGCAACAUCUGCACUGCACAGGCAUUACUUGCAAACAUGGCUGCCAUGUUCGCUGUUUAUCAUGGCCCUGAAGGUCUUAAAACAAUUUCUCAACGAGUUCACGGUCUAGCUGGAGCCUUAGCUCUGGGAUUGAAGAAACUUGGGACUGUGGAAGUCCAGGGGCUUCCUUUCUUCGACACUGUGAAGGUUAAGUGUCCUGAUGCACAUGCAAUUGCUGAUGCUGCUAACAAGGAAGAGAUGAACUUGAGGGUUGUGGACAAAAACACUAUCACCAUCUCAUUCGAUGAGACUACCGCUUUGGAGGAUGUUGACAAGCUUUUCUCAAUAUUUGCAUGUGGCAAGCCUGUCCCAUUCACUGCUGCAUCACUUGCGCCAGAGGUUCAGUCCUUGAUUCCAACUGGGCUUAUAAGGGAGACUCCAUAUCUGACACAUCCAAUCUUUAACACGUAUCACACCGAGCAUGAGCUGCUCAGAUACAUUCAUAGGCUGCAGUCCAAGGAUUUGUCUCUGUGCCAUAGUAUGAUUCCUCUGGGAUCUUGCACGAUGAAAUUGAAUGCUACCACAGAGAUGAUGCCAGUGACAUGGCCCAACUUUACAGACAUACAUCCUUUCACCCCAGCUGAGCAGGCUCAGGGUUAUCAGGAAAUGUUCAAUGAUUUGGGUGAACUGUUGUGUACGAUUACUGGGUUCGAUUCUUUCUCUUUGCAACCCAAUGCUGGUGCCGCUGGAGAAUAUGCAGGUCUCAUGGUCAUCCGUGCGUAUCACUUGGCAAGAGGGGACCAUCAUCGCAAUGUGUGCAUCAUUCCUGUCUCUGCUCAUGGGACAAAUCCUGCCAGUGCUGCAAUGUGUGGUAUGAAAAUUGUUGCUGUUGGAACUGAUGCCAAGGGUAAUAUCAACAUUGAGGAGCUGAGAAAAGCAGCAGAAGCAAAUAGAGAUAACUUGUCUUGCCUUAUGGUCACAUAUCCUUCAACCCAUGGGGUGUAUGAGGAGGGCAUAGAUGAUAUAUGCAAGAUAAUUCAUGACAAUGGAGGUCAAGUGUACAUGGAUGGAGCAAACAUGAAUGCACAGGUGGGCUUGACAAGCCCAGGAUUUAUUGGAGCCGACGUUUGCCAUCUUAAUCUCCACAAAACAUUUUGCAUUCCACAUGGAGGCGGUGGUCCAGGCAUGGGUCCUAUUGGGGUGAAGAAGCACUUGGCACCUUUUCUGCCUUCGCAUCCAGUAGUUGCUACGGGUGGUUUACCAGCCCCAGAAAAGUCCCAGCCAUUGGGUACAAUUUCUGCUGCUCCGUGGGGCUCUGCACUUAUCUUGCCAAUAUCAUACUCUUACAUAGCCAUGAUGGGAUCUAAGGGACUCACUGAAGCAUCAAAGAUAGCCAUUUUAAAUGCAAACUACAUGGCAAAACGUUUGGAGAACUACUACCCCAUCUUGUUCCGUGGAGUCAAUGGGACAGUCGCCCAUGAAUUCAUUGUUGACUUAAGGGCCUUUAAGAAUACUGCUGGAAUCGAGCCUGAAGAUGUUGCAAAACGUCUAAUGGACUAUGGAUUCCAUGGACCAACCAUGUCAUGGCCAGUCCCAGGCACACUGAUGAUCGAACCCACUGAAAGUGAAAGCAAGGCUGAGUUGGACAGGUUCUGCGACACUCUCAUCUCCAUUAGAGAAGAAAUCGCACAAAUUGAAAAAGGAAAAGCUGAUAUCCACAACAAUGUUUUGAAGUCUGCUCCCCACCCACCAUCAUUGCUCAUGGGAGACUCGUGGACGAAGCCGUAUUCUCGGGAAUAUGCUGCUUUUCCGGCUUCCUGGCUCCGUACCGCAAAGUUCUGGCCAUCCACGGGACGCAUCGACAAUGUGUAUGGUGACCGUAACCUCGUCUGCACUCUCCAGCCAACGUCACAAGUCGUUGAGGAGCAAGCAGCAGCUACCGCCUGAAAUCUCCCUGUGUGCCAAAAGAGAAAAGAAGAAAUCCCUCAAUGUAUAUAAGUUGUCAAUGUGGCGCACAACAUCACAUCUGGUGUUAUUUAGUUCCUUCGAUGCCAUGAUCUUUGGACGAUGAAUAAGAGGGGUUGCUAAUUGCAACCCAAGCAUUAUUCUCAUCUAAUCUCUUCCAUCUGUCUUUGUCCUCAAUCCGAGAUCAAGUAUUUCAA